GGGUCAGGUGACCAACAAUGGUCACAUGACCUGGCCCGAGUUCCAGCGGUCUAAGGCGGAAGUAGAAGAGGAGUUCGGCGCCGCUGCUCGGCCUGUUGCAGUUUCAUGGUGAUGAUAUGGCAUCUGCUAGCUCCAGCAGGGCAGGAGUGGGCCUGCCUUUUGAGAAGUCUCAGCUUACUUUGAAAGUGGUGUCAGCAAAGCCCAAAGUGCACAGUCGCCAGCCUCGCAUUAACUCCUUUGUGGAGGUGGCAGUGGAUGGGCUCCCUAGUGAGACGAAGAAGACGGGGAAACGAAUUGGGAGUUCUGAACUACUCUGGAAUGAGAUCAUCGUCUUGAAUGUCACAGCACAGAGUCACUUAGACCUGAAGGUCUGGAGCUGCCAUACCCUGAGAAAUGAGUUACUGGGCACUGCUUCUGUCAACCUCUCCAAUGUGCUGAAAAACAACGGGGGUAAAAUGGAGAACACGCAGCUGACUCUGAACCUACAGACAGAGAACAAAGGCAGCGUUGUCUCAGGCGGAGAGCUGACAAUUUUCCUGGACGGGCCAACUGUUGAUCUGGGAAGUGUGCCUAAUGGCAACGCCGUGACAGACGGAGCACAGUUAUCUGGGAGAGAGCCCAGUGGGACAGCUCCAGCGACUGAGGCACGGCACCAGCCACCCAGCACAAACUGUUUCGGAGGCAGAUCCAGAACACACAGACAUCCUGUCGGACCAACCAGAACCACCACAACAAAUAGUGAGCAGAGCCCUAAUAGCAGAAAUCGACACCGGCAACCAGCCAAGAGUCAGAACCAUAGUGGCUUGGCCAAUGGGACAGUGAAUGGAGAGUCUGCAGUAGCUACUGAUACUGAAGAGCGGCCUGUGGCUGGUGUGACUUCCCCGCCUCCUGCAGUAUCAAGUGUGACCCCUACCCCUGGGGCUGCCUCACUCCCGGCCACAGCAGAACCCAGAGAAGGAGAGGAGCCAGCUUCCAGCGUGAGUGCCCAGCCGCCCCUUGCAGCAGCACAGGCUUCAGAAACACUGCCUCCUGGGUGGGAACAACGAGAAUUGCCCAAUGGAAGGGUCUAUUAUGUUGACCACAAUACGAAAACAACUACCUGGGAAAGGCCUCUUCCUCCGGGCUGGGAAAAGCGUGUGGACCCUCGAGGAAGAUACUACUAUGUGGACCACAAUACUAGGACUACUACCUGGCAGCGUCCAACAGCAGAAUAUGUGAGGAACUAUGAACAGUGGCAGUCCCAAAGGAAUCAGCUCCAGGGAGCCAUGCAACAGUUCAGCCAAAGAUUCCUCUACCAGUCUUCUGGUGCCUCAUCUGAUCACGAUCCACUCGGCCCCCUUCCUCCUGGCUGGGAAAAGAGGCAGGACAAUGGGCGGGUGUAUUAUGUCAAUCACAACACUCGCACCACCCAGUGGGAAGACCCUCGGACCCAAGGGAUGAUCCAGGAGCCUGCCCUGCCCCCAGGCUGGGAGAUGAAAUACACCAGCGAGGGAGUGCGCUAUUUUGUGGACCACAACACACGUACUACAACUUUUAAGGACCCACGUCCUGGAUUUGAAUCAGGGAGCAAGCAAGGAGGUUCUCCAGGAGCCUAUGAUCGAAGCUUCCGCUGGAAGUAUCACCAGUUCCGUUUUCUCUGCCAUUCAAAUGCCCUUCCCAGUCAUGUGAAGAUCAGUGUGUCCAGGCAAACACUUUUUGAGGAUUCUUUUCAACAGAUCAUGAACAUGAAGCCAUAUGACCUACGUCGCCGGCUGUACAUCAUCAUGCGUGGUGAGGAGGGCCUGGACUAUGGUGGCAUUGCCAGAGAAUGGUUUUUCCUCCUGUCUCACGAGGUGCUCAACCCCAUGUAUUGUUUGUUUGAAUAUGCUGGGAAAAAUAACUACUGUCUGCAAAUCAACCCGGCCUCCUCCAUCAACCCGGACCACCUCACCUACUUCCGCUUCAUCGGCAGGUUUAUAGCAAUGGCACUCUAUCAUGGUAAGUUCAUCGACACUGGCUUCACCCUCCCCUUCUACAAGCGCAUGCUGAACAAGAGACCGACGCUGAAGGACCUGGAAUCCAUUGAUCCUGAAUUCUACAACUCCAUCGUUUGGAUCAAAGAAAACAACCUGGAGGAGUGUGGGCUAGAGUUAUAUUUCAUCCAGGACAUGGAAAUCCUGGGUAAGGUGACAAGCCAUGAACUGAAGGAGGGAGGCGAGAGCAUCCGUGUCACCGAGGAGAACAAAGAAGAAUACAUCAUGUUGCUGACAGAUUGGAGGUUUACCCGCGGUGUAGAAGAGCAGACCAAAGCUUUCUUGGACGGCUUCAAUGAGGUGGCUCCUUUGGAAUGGCUCCGCUAUUUCGACGAGAAGGAACUAGAGUUGAUGCUGUGUGGCAUGCAGGAGAUUGAUAUGGCUGACUGGCAGAAGAACACCAUUUACCGUCACUACACCAAGAACAGCAGACCCAUCCAGUGGUUCUGGCAGGUGGUAAAGGAGAUGGAUAACGAAAAAAGGAUCCGUCUGCUGCAGUUUGUCACGGGCACCUGCCGCCUACCUGUGGGAGGAUUUGCAGAACUCAUUGGUAGCAAUGGACCCCAAAAGUUCUGCAUUGACAAAGUUGGCAAGGAGACUUGGCUCCCUCGAAGCCAUACCUGUUUCAACCGUCUGGAUCUCCCCCCCUACAAGAGUUAUGAACAGCUGAAAGAAAAGCUACUGUAUGCCAUCGAGGAGACAGAGGGUUUUGGACAAGAGUAAUGAAGAGUAGCUCCCUCUGGAAUUGCCCACAGGGGCUGGGCAGUAAUUAAGUCCUGUCUCUGUGGCAGCAGGACAUUUGACUCUCAGGAGGUCCCCAGCAAGUGGUGUGGUGGGGGUCUCUAACUCCCCUUGCAUUGGCAGAUUUUCCCAGGCCCUAGUGCCCAUGAGCUCCUGUUCCCCACUCUUGGCGGCCAGCUGUGGGGAACCUGGAAUGGAGCCUGGAAUAAUCCAUCAGUCUUCUCCUCCCAGUGCGUGGGUGUGUGUGUGCGUGCAUGUGUGAGAGAGAGAGUGUGUGUGUGUGUGUGUGUCUGUCUGUAUGUGUGAGCAUCCUGGAUCAGAAACCAGAGGUCCAGCAUCUCAGUGAAGGUGAACCUUCUUUCUUCAAGUGCUGGAGGAUCACAUUUGUGAAUGUGAUGGGGAAGACGCCCCUAUUCUCAUAGGACCAAGCAGAUGCCCAGAAAGGGUGGUGAGAGAGAUAGGUUAGAUAAGCUUCUUGGGGGAGGGUUCCCUGGUCUUUCCCAAUAGCAGAAAUUUUGAUGUUUGAAAUAGAAGUUUAAAAUUAUUUUUAGUGAUUCAUUGACAUUGAAUGUGAGUGUGAAGGAUUUUAGGGACAGGCUGAAGGCUGGGCUGAGCCUGUUGCACCUCCUCUGUGGAAGCCCAGCAGGACAAGUCACUGACUGGGUAGAGGAGGAGGGUGACACCAUGGCAGUGGUCAUUCUAGAUCGUUUUCAUCCUUUAAACCUGAAGCAGAUCAUGGAGGGCUUUUGUUAGUUCCUUUUGGGGUGAUGCUACUGCCUCUCCUUUGGGGAACCAGGCUCCAAAGGCUCAGGUUCUCCCCUAACCUCAGCCGAAGGUCCUCUGAGUCUAGUGGCCCUAAGAGGACUGCCUAGGCUUGCGAUGGCCAUUUCCUUAAAGGCAGGGACUCGGUGCAGAAACGUGCUCUCCUGAAAGCUCCCCUGGAACAGGGCCCUGCUUGGCAGCAGCUGGAGCUUGGGAGAACCAAGCGGACUGGUUCCUCCUCCCUUCCUCUGGGGUCCUUGAGUCCCUACCAGAGCAGGGGCUUCAGCCGGUGAACCCUGACUCCCAGGCUCCUGGUUCUCGGGGACAGGGUCCUUCCUCCCUGCUCAGUGCGCCCCAUUAUCUCCAGUUUGGGAAUGGGAUGGGAAGUGCCAUAAUUGGCUGGUGAAGGCGGUCUUUGUUCUGCCCCUCGGAAUUUGCUCCCUUAGCUGUCAGGAAAGGAAGUCGGGAAGCAGCACUUUCUUCCCCCCAGUGUCUGGGCCUCCAUGCUUGCCUUUCCCCUCUUGCCUUCUGGAGUCUGGCAGGCUCCUGACACCUUUUUAUUUCAUUCCUCCUUUCUGAAAUGCGUUGAUUUGAAGGCGGGCUUUACUCAAGGAGCCCCCAAAUGCCUGCGCCCCCUCCUCCCUGCCCAGCCUGACCCGACCUGUGCCAUAGGGUUCUAGCUUUAAAGUAGGCUCUUCGGCAGCUGCUCCCUGGCUGGUCCAUUUCUUUGGACCUGAGCCCGGCAGCGCCACGUUGAUGUGUGUCGUGUGUCCGCCUCUGGAUGAUGCCUUGCUCGGGGUGGGGGGACCAGCCUUUGUUUCUUCACUUGUUUGCCGUGUGGUCCCACAAGCCUUUGGGUCCUGCCAGCUGCGGGGGCUGGAAGCCGCCUGCCUCCGCUCUGAGGUGUCACGACGAGGUGUGUGCGUGUGCUCGUGUGUGUGUACAUACGUGUAUAUAAAUGAAGUAUCUGUAUAAAAUCUCCUUCUGUAGCAGCGGGCUGGCCACCAGCCCAUUUUGUACUCUCCCUCCUGCCUCAGUAAAGCUGAUCUCUUGUGCAAUAAACAGUCAGCAGCU